UAAAAAAAGGUGACUUUGGCUGAAGGCCCAACACACUCGCAGGUUCAUGGGCGUAUGCCGCUCUCAUCUUUGAGUACGCGGCCGCAAGAAGUCGUGAAGCCAGGAAUUUGGGCUUCGACGUGACGAAAUGUGAGCAAUCGCAAAUAAUUCUCCCUCCCCUCUUCUCCUUCCCCUCGGCCUUUCGACGUUCACACAACUGAGAUAUGGUGGGCGUCAAUGGCGCCACAGUCUGUCAGUAAAGAGCGCUUGCGUGAUCCCAUGAAGUUUAGCCUUCUUUUCCAACAAAUGGAAUCUCUAAGCCGCAUUCUGGGGGCCUCAGCCUGCAUUGCGAUCUUGUUGUGGUCGGCAGCGAGUUCGGCAUCUCGCGUGUGCGAGCUAACUGCUGUUCAGAGCAAGCAGGUCUACAGGUUCAGCCUGGCUUCCCCAAUCAAAAGUUAUCCUCAUGGGGUUCUCAGUGAAGAUGGAUUUUACAAGGUGGCAGCGAAUGAUUCUUGGUUAUGGUUUCAGCUCUGCAGUCAGAUGAUAUUCAAUCAUGACCAGCCCAGAUGUUUCAGAUGUGAGGGUUGUGGAGGGUCAUUGUAUUGUGGGAAUAAAUGCAGUGCACUUGUUUCAAUCAAUAAUGCAGGAUACCGUGUAUGCACUUCAAUUGGUCAAGCCUCCAAGUCACACAUUACUCUCAUAGAUGAAAGGAGACCAAAGAUUGGUGUGGUAAUAAAGAUGUCAUCAGUCACUGAAAAGAUGAACUGCUCUCUUUCUGUAUCUGUUUUCUGUGAUCAGAGUGCUACGGUUCCUACCUCUGUUGACCAUGUAGGAGGUUGUGACUAUGCUACUACAAUGAGGCAUCCUGCUGCUUGUGCUGACGUUAUUUCUGGUGGUAGAUCAGGAUUAGGUUGGUUUGGUACUUUGAUCACGGUUCUUAUAUGCCUCUUAGGGGCAUAUCUGCUGGCUGGUACUGUUUAUCGGUUUCUUUUCCUUGGAGUUCGUGGUGUAGAGGUUAUUCCAAACUUGAGUUUCUGGCUUAGACUACCACAGCAAGCUCAGAUUCUCGUGUGUUCUUUGGUGAGAAAAUUUUCUGGACAAGUACAUCUUGGACGAGGUUCCUAUUCCCAGAUUAACUAAAGAAACGUCGGAAGAAAGUUUUAUCAACUUACUAGGUUAUCUGCCAAUGCACAGUCCUGCAAAUUUGAUUCUUCCGGUGAAGGAAAGUCAGUGGUGGCAACCCUGGUGUCUACUCGACUCAUCUGCCUACUCGACUCAUCUGCCAAAUUGAGCAUCACGUAUUUCCAAAUCAAGGUUCAUUAGUGAAAGCACUAGUCCUGGAAGGAAAGCAAAAGGUCGGGAAAGUGAGGAACAACAUUCUAUCCUUUCUUCAUGACAAGUAUUCUAUUCUUUUUGUAUGCAUGCGGGAGUAGCAUCAUCUAUUUUCAGUUUAAUGUCAAAUAGAACACAAAUAAGAUAUAAAAUUGCCUUUUUGGCAUUAGAGGCAUUGUUGGUACUGCUGAUUCAUGUGAUUAUAUAGUCCUCAGUUUAUCCUGUGUC